AUGGAUUUUGAUCCUUCCCAGCCCAUGUUAGGUGUUCAGGUGAACAAAUUUCGGUGCGGCGGAACCGCGGUGGCGUUUUGCCUUUGGCACGGCGUGGCUGAUGCUGCCGCGAUUGGUGGAUUCGUCCAGACCUGGUCGGCAAUCAGCUGGGGUGAAGGAGGCGGAGGUGAUCUCGUGGUGGACGCCACCGCAAUUUUCCCGCCCGCUCUAAACUUCGACUUCUCUGCCCCAACAUCCGUCGCCGCGAGAUUGGUAAAAUCGAACCAAGGAAAAUACUCAAAGAAACGAUUUGUUUUUCGCAAGGAGGAGAUUGAGCGGAUGAGGGACGAGUAUAUCCUUUCAGAUCGCUGUCGUCCGAGUUCAGUGGAGGCAUUGUCGGCGUUCUUAUGGGCUGCCGUGAUAAGAGCUAACCAAAACGCCAAGAUGUACCUUCUGACACAAGCCACGGACUUGCGAAAGAGGCUGAAUCCGCCAUUCCCAUCUAUGUGCUUAGGCAACAUCGUCUAUCUUACCGCUGCACGGUGGAUGAGCGACGGGGCAGGCGGCGUUACUGCCCAGUCUCUUGUAGGGAAAAUCCGAGAAGCUAUCAUGAAAGUGACGGGCGAGCAUGUGAGCAAAAUUGAAGCUCAAGGUGGGUUGGCGACCGAAAUAGAAAAGAUAGCAGCUUUUGGUGUUGAUAAGAUUAAGUUUUUCGGCAUCAGUAGUGUUUGCGGCUUUCCAUUUCAUGAGUUUGAUCUUGGGUGGGAUAAGCCGAUUUGGUUUCUAGCGGCCCCAUUUAAUCUAAUGGACGGCGCUAAUUUGUACAAGACUGGUGAUGGGGGCAUAGAAGGGAUAAUUGGAUUGACACCGCAGGUUAUGUCCACUUUAGAUAAGGACAAAGAGUUUAUUGCUCGUGUAUCUUGUAUCCAAACCUUGUCAUCGGAACUGUCUACUUUACCAAGCAACUAUUAA